UUCAGGUGAAAACCUCCACCUACCUCGGAUAUCUUAAAGCGGAUGCUAACACUACACCUUAUAAGAGGAAGCUGAGGAUUCUGAACUCAGAUCAAUGCAGCUGCGGUCCUUUAUUUCUACAAUGACUCACGUUCUGGAGCCGGUUGUCCAGAAGAAACUAAGAUAUUUCAUGUGCAGUCUUGUCUUCGUCCUCUGCGUCACACUGCUGCUCUCUAUCUUCAGGUCAGACAGGAUGUUGUGGCUGCAGGCUCUAACUUACCCCGCGUUGCAACUAUCAGUGAAGCCAACUGUUUCUCAGGACCCAACUGUAGGAAAUACAGUUCUUAAAGGUGAUCCAGCCCACCUGUUAAGGGUCAAUGGUUCAAGAACAUUUCUGAUGUCUGCAUAUUUGGAGCAUCGAACAACAGUAAAAGAGGUGCGGGUUAUUGCGAUAAAGUUGCGGAGUGAGAGAGUCGCCCUUCAGUGCAGCCUAUGCUGCCAGGAUCAGCUGCACGUCUCUACAGCUGUCAUCAACAUCCACAGGGAUCACUUUAGAUUUCCCUAUGGGACAACGGACAUCUUGUGUCCCCUCCCCUCAGGCUGUGAGAGUCCAACUCAUGUUGCCAUCACCUCACCUGCCAUCAAGAGAGCAGAAAAAUCUGAGUUUGAGUUUCUGGAGAUCAAGAAUCAAAAAGCACGGGACAGCUCCUUUCCUCACAACUUCACCUGUUGUUUCUCUGCUAUGUAUAACUUCACUAAUGUCUUGCAGCUGGUGCAGAGUCUGGAGAUGCUUCAGUUACUGGGAGUGAACAGAGUCGUGGUCUACAAGACAAACUGCAGCGCCGAUACCCAACGUGUUCUGGAGUACUACUCAGGCAAAGGUUUAGUUGAGGUGAUUCCUUGGUCUCUGGCUAAGUAUCUGAAGGUAUCUCAAAAAGCUAAGCCUGAACAAGAUCCUGGGGACCUCCACUACUUCGGUCAGCUCCCAGCUCUCAAUGACUGCCUUUACAGAUACAUGUACCGGUCCAAAUAUGUGGCUCUGCAUGAUCUUGACGAGCUCAUCCUGCCGCAGUCGGUCAACAGCUGGUUGGAGUUGUUGCCCCUGCUGGAAAAGACGUACGGGACUGAGAGGUGUUACAUGUUUGAGAACAACUGGAUCCCCAGUGAGUUUGCAUUGCCUCCUCCACCACCUAAAACUCUGCCUCCACAGGACCAGUGGCAGAACAUAUCAGGGGUGAACAUCCUGGCUCACCUGUACAGAGAGCCCUUCAAACCUUGGUUAAGACAAAACAACUUCAAGAUUAUUAUCAACCCCCGAGCUGUGUUUGCCACUACUGUCCACGGAGUGUUGAAGUCAAAGAAAUCCUGCGCCUGGGUUGAUAGGAAUUUAGCCCGGAUGUACCACAUAAAACCUCGUGGGCAAACCAACCUGGAGCCACAGCAGCUGAUUUAUGAAGGCAGACUGCUGAGUUACAGCACUCACCUCACCUCUGCUGUCAACACUGUACUCAGAGAGACUGGACUUCUACCUGAAGACAGCAUGAACUAGACUGUGGACCUUGUUUAUGAAAAACCGGGUAGAUUGUAGGAAAGGUUUCCCAUGUGCUUCACAAAACAGAGCGUACUGGAUGAAAUGUUAAACAACGUCAUUUACAUUCCACAACGAUAUUUUUCCAUAGUUUAGGCAGCUUGCCAACAACAUUUUCUUUCCUGAGAAACUUAAAGCUCACAAACAACAUGUCUUGUUGGUCUGGUUGCUGAUUCCUUCACAGCUUCUUUUUUAGCCAUGGCAUCAGCUGUGUUCCAUCCAGUCAGUGUAGGGACGGCCAGAACUGAUUAAAUGAUGAUUCAUUAAAGCCGUCUGUGUCAUCAACCAAUAUAAGAGCUAGGCAAAAAACAAAUAACAAUAUUUACAAUAAAAUAUUAUCAAUUAUUAUUAUA